UGAAUUGAAUAAUUUAGAAUUCAAGAGGAGCUGAAUGAGCACUGCUGGUUCCAAUUUCUUGUCCUCUAAUGAAAAGUAACCCUAACCCUUUAUAUUUGACAUAAUAACCACAAAGAGAUAGCGUUACAAGGAUUUCAUUGUAGGGAUCAAGUAUGGCGUCUGAUGAUCUUGAGCGUGGCACUGUGUGUCACCGGGGCAGCUGGCUUCGUUGGGUCUUGGCUCGUCAAGAACCUCCUCCACCGGGGCUACGUCGUCAACGCUACAGUGCGAGAUCCUGGAAAUGUAAAGAAGGUGAAGCAUUUGUUGGACUUGCCCCACGCUGACACACGCUUGAAGUUAUGGAAGGCAGACCUUGUUGCUGAAGGGAGCUUCGAUGGAGCCAUCCAAGGUUGCACUGGAAUCUUUCAUGUUGCCACUCCCACGGAUUUCGAAUCCAAAGAUCCUGAGAAUGAGGUGAUAAAGCCAGCGGUUAAUGGGAUAUUGAACGUCUUGAGGUCAUGUCUCAAGGCGAAGACUAUACGGAGGGUGGUAUUCACUUCAUCUGCUGGUGCUGUUGCCAGACAAGAGAGGCAACUCCCUGUAUACGAUGAGAGCUCAUGGAGUGACUUAGAAUUUAUAAAGAAAAAGAAGAUGACCGGAUGGAUGUACUUUAUGUCCAAGACAUUAUCAGAGAAAAUAGCAUUGGAAUUUGCAGAGGAGAACAGCUUAGACCUAAUCACCAUUAUACCAACCCUUGUGGUUGGGCAAUUUUUAACUCCUUGGAUGCCGCCUAGCAUGAUAACAGCUUUUGCACUAAUCACCGGAAAUGAAGCCCAUUACUCAAUUCUGAAGCAAGUUAAAUUUGUGCACUUGGAUGACCUUUGCAAUGCUCAUAUCUUCUUGCUUGAGCACCCUGAAGCAAAGGGAAGAUACAUUUGCUCUUCUCAUAAUACCAACAUCAUUGAACUAGCAAAAAUGUUAAGAAAGAGAUUCCCAGAGUACCACAUCCCAACUGACUAAGGAGUAUAUUUUUCUGGUUUGGUCCUUAGAAGGCUCUCUGAUCUCA